GCCGGCCGCCAGGCAGCGCCCGCCACGGGACCCGCCGGGAAACGGCCCCUGGUUUGGAAAGCUGCACAGCAGGAUUUUCCCGUGCGCUGCUCUUCUUCCCUGCCUCUGAAACGUUUCUUUUUCGAUUGCUGCUAACAACAGGCUUGAGCGGGCCCCGGAGAAGCUCGUGAGGUUCAAAAUACGGAAGGACAAGGUGUAGCACCUGGGAAUGGCGACCCCUGCUACCAAUGCCUGACAGGGGAUGUAAGGAUGGAGCGCAGCUCCGCUGGAAAGGACUUGGGGUACUACUGGUGGAUGGCAGCUGGACAUGAGCCAGCUGUGUGCCCUCACAGCCCAGAAAGCCAGCCGUACCCUGGGCUGCAUCAAAGGAAGCGUGGCCAGCAGGGUGAGGGAGGCGAUCCUGCCCCUCUGCUCUGUGCUGGUGAGGCCUCACCUGGAGCACUGUGUCCAGACGUGGAGUCCUCAGUACAGCAGAGACGUGGAGCUGUUGGAGCGCGUCCAGAGGAGGGCCACAGAAAUGAUCCCAGGGAUGGAACGGUUCUCCUGCGAGGAUAGGCUGAGAGCUGGGGCUGUGCAGCAUGGAGAAGGGGCAGAGCAUUGACAAACAGGAGUAAGUUCAGUGGAGAACUACCAGGAUGGUUGGGGCUGGAACACUUAUCCUGGGAGGAAAGGUGAAGGAACAGGAACUACUCAUCCUUCGAAGGGUCCUCGUGGCAGUUCCCUGUCUAUAGUGAGGCUUCUGAGGAGAUGUUAAGCAAGGCUCUUGACAGUGAUGUGUGCUGGGAGGACAAGAGAAAACAGGGCUAAUUUCAAACAAGAGGCCCAUUCCAUUAGCCUGUCCUGCCUUUCUCUUUCCCAUGAAUUGUGCUCUUUAACAGCCUUUUGUACUGAUCAAAGGACAGAGGCUCAGGAGUUGGGAAGCUGAAGCUCCUGUGAACCACUCUUUCCUGUGGUCUGGGAAAUAACACUGAGCUGCAUCAGAACUUGGCCCCGACUCAAAAGCUUGGGGAGGUAAUUAAUACAUUUUUUAAAUAUAAAUGUGGAAAUCCAUUUAGGGAACAGCAAUUGAAAUUCGUUAGCAUUGCAGGAUUUUCAUUUUCUGUGCUAGAAGCCACCUGUAGAAUGCUAGUUUUUAUCUGAAGAUUUAAAUGAUCAAGUAAGAUUUUGGAUAUUUUUUCAUGUCAAACUCCUCAGAUACUGUAACACGUAGGUAUUUCCAUUCUGUUUCCUGAGAAGCCAGCCUUACCAGUCAAAACAACCCAAGCUGUUUGAUUGUCUUCAGCCAUGUCUGUUUCCACCUCUGCUGCCAGCAGCCACGGAACGUGGCAGCAUUUGAGGAGCAGCCAUUCUCUCCCUUUCACGUGUACAGCAAGGACACAGUCCUCAACAGCUGAGAAGAGUAAGGGUCCUCAUCCAAAAAGAGAAUAAUGAAGUAGAUGGAAGCAAUUACAGCUUUUCUUUUUCUUUUUAAUUUGAUAUCAAGGUGUCCUUUACAAGCAAGGCAUGUGCUGAUCUUUAUCAAAUAAAUAAAUAAAUAAAACUGGCAUCCAAACUCUUUUUGAGGAAAAAACUGCAGUUUUCCUGAGCCAGAGAAGAUGGAGUUGUGUGCAACUGGCACAAGUGUCCACGCUUGGACGAUUGCAGGGAUCUUUGCAGCUAAAAGAAUGAAGGCAGUUGCCUGCUUCAGAAAUGUCAAAGCAAAAACCUAGCCAGAAACAGUUUGCCUGAGGUCACUGGAUCAUAGCAAAGCAUGGAAAAUGGAUGCUAUCAGUCAAGUCACACUUGUAACUUCAGUCCUAGCACUGCUCAUCUCCUGCAGGUCUGCUAGAACAGAAUUAUCUACCAGUUUCAAGCAGCAGUGCAUUUCAUAUUUAUAUUUAUUUCCAUGGAGACAACAACGGAUACAAACAGCACAAUGAUACUAUUUGAUGGAGCAAAUUCUCAGCUACCAAAAAACCUCUUUUUCUACAGUAGCUGAAUCGUGUGGAUGAACUGAUCAGGAUGAUCCUUGUUUUGUGGCAUGACAGCUGUGCAUGGCUGUCUGGAACACGGCUUGUAUUUCACAUUGCUGUCACCACUGCUGAAACACACCACCCAGCCCCUCACUGUGCUCACAUUUAUUGUUUGGGCUCCAUAAAUGCUCAGCAAGCAUUGAUGAAUGUCAAUGGGUGCCAUUUUUUCUGCAUGAAGGAAUGCAAUGACACAACUUUGCUCCAUCCACACUUCCAUGCCAGACAUCAUUCUGUCAGACUACCCCUUUGCUGCCAUCUGUCACAGAACAACAGCAUGGAAUGGGAUAUUGGUGGGAAGGUUCAGCCUCUACUGCCACAUCUCCAACAUCAGCUUCUGAUGUCAUAGGCCAACAAAACAGGAGAAAUCAGCAACCAUGGAUACGCAAUGAAGAACACUGUGCUCUCCACUCACCGAAGUCUUGAGCUGUUUGAGUGGUGCUGGUGUGCUGAGACACGGGGAAAGACAGCUCUUCUCCUCCUCAUUUGUUCCUCAAGUGCUAUUCACUUCCCAAGGACUUAUGGUAUAUUUUGCACAUAAGUCUACAAAGUGAGUCUCUCACUGCAGGGGAAAAGUGUCAUUUGAGCAGUCUGUCAAAGUGAAAAGUGGCUGAAAUGACCACUGGCUGGUUGAAAUGACAACAGCUCCACUUAAAGCUGUGCACUUGCAGCUGUGAGUGGAUUCUGGGUUGAACUGCGUGUGGAUCUGAUCUGGUUCAACCCUAGACUGGAAGUUCUCAGUCAGUGCAAAACUAGUUCAGUGUUUGUUGAAUGAAUUACUCUGAAAUGAACAUUUUACAGCAUUUAUUCCUAGCAUAUUAGCAGAGCAGAAUCUAUCUAGACAUUUAUCCUUCUUUCUUUGAUAACAGUGUGACUUAUUUAUGAAUGGCUUCUGGCCCAUUUUUCUACCAGUGACUAUUGUGAAUUUCAGCACAUUUUCUUUUUGACCUAGUUUCCUUUUUUUUUUUUUUUCUAACAUGUUUUUAUUCUCAAGGCAUUUUCUCGUGACUUGCUCUCACAAUCUGCAUUUGGAAGACCAUUUCAAGAUGCUUAGUUUCUAUACAGUCUUAAAGCAAUUGACUUCACAAUUAUCUUAAUUCAAUUGCAGACGAUUCUGAAAUCACUCUUGUGUUCUACGUAAAAGCUUCGCACUUUAUAUCUAUUACUUUUCCAUUCUUUCUACCAGAGACAGCUUUAAAGCUUCCAUCCCAGUUGAUCAGAGCAAUGCAACAGUAGUCCAACAAGAUUAUGUUCUAUACUAAUGUUUCUCUGCAAAGCAGAAGUUAUUCUCAAAUUAUUCUCAGAAACCUCUGUCCAGAGCUCUGUAUUACUGGAGCCCUUCCUGAGGAAAUCCAUCUGGGACACAGAGAAGCUAUUACAAAUUCAUUAACACUCUACCCCAAGAUAGAGAGGCUUUACACUUCUGCUGGAGUCUCAGGGAGUCUUCUCUUUUCAUAAGUAGAGUUCCACUCACUCACUGGUAAACUCAGUUAUUUUCCAGUCAUUGGGCAGAAUAAUCUUCCCUCUGUUUUAAAGGACGACGUUGUUUUUACACAAAUGCAAGGCAUUUUAAAAUGAUGCACGAGUUUUAAAAGAAGUAUCUCUGAGAAAAUCUGCAUCUAAUGUUCUGAUGGGAUGGAGGUAAGACUAAUGUGACAUACAUCAUUCUCACUGCUUACACAUCCUGAAGCCAAGCAUCUGAAGUAAAGCCCAUCCUCACAAGACUUGCCCAAAGUGCUGACCUUCACCAGAACACACGAUGUCAGAGAUUAAACUCAUACUGAGCUAUCCAUCCUAUAAGCACUUAAAUGCAUACUUGACCACAUAACUGCAAAUAAUCAGGAAUAUCAACAUUUGCAUGUUGUAUAGGCCCUGUGUGAAUUGAAAACAGUUGAGACAGGACAUAUAACGUAUGGCACAGGGGCCUGUGCUCCAGAGAUUCUUUACCAACUUUCUGCAUUACUUUACUCCCAACUCUUCCUUCAUCCCCUUUCAGUUUAUUAGGUAAAUAACAUCUCUUGCCUGAGCUCAGCAAGGGAACUUCAGUGCAACUGCAAUACAAACUUAAACUAGCACAGACCUAGCCUAACUGUGUACACUGCACGUACACUAACAACUUAAAUAAUAAAUGCUUGGAGUUGGGUUUGUUUUAGAGUCAGCAUGCUCAAGAAUCUAGUCCAGGUUAAAGUCCAGCUAUGCAUAGAAAUACACUGGCCCUCAGCAAAUACUUCUGCAUUUACUGCAAGUUGUAUUGUUGCUCUUAACAGAGACAGGAACUGCGCUUAUAUUUACAUAAUGCACACACGUUUUCUUUCUGAUGCUCAGUACAGUGACUACAAUCUUAUCAGAGAUUAUCCAUUGCUGAAGGAAUUCUGCAAAGGUAAUACAGAGUCUGGUUUUAACAGCAUAAUGCUGGCAGUCAGGUAGUCCCUUUCUCACCUCCUUUUUCUGCAGUUUCAGUGUCAGGAUCAAACAAAUGCUUGUAUUCCACAAGAGUGCAGAGGGACUUCUUUCACAUUCCACCUAUGAACUUUGGCUGGGGAGUAAAAUCAGAAUCUGAACUCCGUGUUAUUUCUCCCCAGUUGUCAGUGCAUGAUACAGAGCACUUGCUAAACCGCAUUUAACCAGCAGAUGGCAUAAGUUAAAUCUUUGUUUUGAUAUUGAAGCUAGAGUGGUGUUCAAUAAGCGUUGACCACAGUUAAACGAAGAAUCUUUUAAAGAAAAGCACUUAAGAAAAUCACUGCUGAGAUCAGAAACAAAUUAUAAUGUAUUUAUUAAAAUAUGCUGGCCACAAAGUUUCCUUUAGAGGAUGCACAAUAAUCUGAUUAAAGGCAGAAAGCAGCUGGCAGGCCAUCACUGGUUUAAAUUCCUAGAACUCGCUUUGAUAUUUCUAACAGGAUUUCUGAGAGACUCUAGGUUCUCAUUUUCUUGUACUAGCAUUGCACACCAACAAUUCAGAAAGCUUAAAUUGAUGUAUUACAUAAAUGUAAGUGUGAUUUCCUUCAUAAUCAGCUAUAAAAAUCCUAUUCUCCUGUAUUCAGGCCAUAGCCUGCAAACUUCCACCUCAGCAGCUCUCAAGCUCUGGUUUUCAGAUGGCUUCUUAGGGUACAGCCCUUCUAGUGAGAGCUGGAUUUAUUUGAAAAUAUUAACUCAUAUCAGUAUCAACUCAGAACUCACAGAAUAUAGUAUGUAAUAUGAUAUACCCUUAGAUGCUGCCUGGGAGAAACUCAGCACUCUGGAACAAAACCAUUUGGUCCAUUUCAGAAAGCUGAGACAAUCUGGAGGAUACACCUAUAUUGUGCUACUGAGGGACGCUUUUUUCAGAUGACUGCAUUGAAAGGCCAACGCUUCUGGAUCCUCCAGGCUGACAAGCUCUAAUUUACUGUCUCCCUUAUCCCAGUCUUAGCCUAGUGUGAAACAGGUGGCAGCAGUCAGAGGAUUGAUGCAACCUCAGUAAUCAGCUGAGGCCGUGGGUGGAACCUGCACAACACAGAAGUCUGCUAAAUGCUUUAUGCAAAGGCUUUCAGGCUGUAAUGAGCUGAAAGCUACCCCGUGAGAACCCCACUUACUUGUAACUUCUUGACAGGAUAAGAACAAAUGAGAUAAGUUUACAGGUGUGACAGUGAAGUCAUAGAACUAUACAAUGAUUUGGGUUGAAAGAGACCUUAAGGAUCCUAUAGUUCCAUCUCCAACUAGACCAGCUUGCUCAAAGCCCCAUCCAACCUGGUCUUGAAUGCCUCCAGGGAGGGGGCAUUUACAGCUUCUCCAGGCAGCUUGUGCCGGAGCCUUCCCACCCACUUCCUAGUGCCCUAAUCUAAAUCUACCCUCUUUUAAUUUAGAAUCGUUUUACAGAGUCCUUUCACUACACUCCCUGAUGAGUCGCCAUCAUUCUUCUAGGCCCAUUUAGAUACUAGAAGGCAUUAAUGACGUCUAUCCAAAGCCUUCUCUUCCCCAGGCUGCCACAACUCUUUCAACAUAUGUUUACAGGAGUGGUGCUUCAGCCCUCUGAUCAUCCUUGUGUUCCUCCUCUGGACCUCCUCUAAUAGGUCCACGACUGUCUUAUGAUGUAGGCCCCAGAGCUGAACACAGCACUGGACUAUCUGUUGUGUCUCAUGAGAAUGGAGUAUAGAGGAAGGAUUUCCUACCUUGCCCAACCAACCCCUCAUCUUUCAGUGUAGCACAGUAUACAGCUGGCUUCUUAACCUGCGAUGCAUGCUGCUAGCUCAUAUGUUUUUGUCCACCAAUCCACCAAAUCAGCUUGGAAUUGAACAUUUAUGAUACACUCCCUGGGCUCCUAGUACACUGCUUGGUGAAUAGCUUCAGAGAACACUCUUCUAGAAGCAAUUUGAAGUUACAACAGCCUCUUGUAAAUUGAUUUGCCCAAUAAUGAGGGAAGGACAAAGUACUGACACACAGUUCCUCAUCUGUUAGGAAAUCAUUUCAUGAGAAACCCUGAAAAACAGGAAGUCAUGAGCACUGGGACUCCCAGGAUUGCAGUAUGAAAAGCAUGACACUCCUGUUUGUGUCCAUCUUGGGUGCAAGAACUGAAGGAAGUCAAGUUGCUUUUUUGUUUUUUUAAUUUUUUAACUUUAACCCAGAUUCAAUACAGUGCACAAUUGCCCAAGAAAACUGUUGGAGGUCCUUGCAACCUGCUCAUAAAACCAAGAAUCUAUUUCAGUGCAUGUCUUCCAUACAAACAAUGGAGUUAACCUACUACUCACCUCCUAGCAAUCUUUGGAGAGAGGCAAAACCACAGUCAUUAAAUUGUCUGAACCACAUUACUACCAACUCAACUCUGCUAAGAGGAAUAGCAGUCUCAAACACUCCUCAUUGCAAAAGCCAACCUACAAUAACCUUCAGAGAGCAUUACUAUAAACCCUUGAAGGAACAGCCUAUCUUUCAAUCCCAUCACAGCCUUUGUGUUCUUGCAUACAAUCAGCAAUAUUGCAGAGGUGCUGCCUCUGCUUGCACUAAGAAGGCUUCCCUCCCACAGCAGGUCUUGGGGCCUCCUCCACAUGGAACAGAAAUUACCAACCUUGCAGAUAUUGACUGAGGGAAGUUAUAGAUGACAAACAGAUUACUUACUUUUGUUACUGACCUGCUAUUUUACUAUAUUUUGUUUUCCACCCAAGAGAUCUUAGGCCAAUUAGAUUUUGCAGCAAUUGCUCUGGCAUUCUAGGUAUGAAGGAUUUCAUCAAUCACUCAAAACUUGGUGUUGAACAUGGUCUUCUCUUUUGUUGGAAACAAAAACAAAAAUCACACUCCUUUUCUUUGAAAGGAAGCGGCCAAAGAGUUAUUUCCAGAGUUUAUUGCAACAAAAGGAAUGUACUGAAAUUAUAUCAUUAAUAUAAUUAAAUAUGUACAGAAAUCAAGAAUGCUAACAAUUAAUGCAUCAUCCAAAAUCCUAAGGAAGGCACUAAGAGGUCCCAAAAGUUCUCCAGCUUCUUCUACUACCAAAAUCAUCACUAUUUUGUAGUGUCCUGAAGAAAACACUGGCUUUCUCCUUCUACUGUCAAAUUACAACUAUGACUGCAUUCUGAAAAACUCAGUUUAGUGAAUCUCUCCAGCAAAAGGUUGGAAAAGAAGAUUAUGAAUAAAUGUCCAUCUCCAUGUCCAAGGUAACCAUUUGUCAAACCCAAUCAAAUGUUCUCAAAACUCAUUCAGUUCUAAAAGAGAAGUGGGAGCAUAUACAUUAUUCCACGAGAUAUUUAUGCUGAACACAAACCAAGUCAGCCUGUAAAAGAUCUUGAGUGAUAACUCAAAAGUACUACAUUUUGUAGAUGAUGGGACAUCUAGAGGUACCAACACAACAGCAGGUUUAAGGACAGAGAGACCCUAAGAAACACAAAUAUACCACUGAAAUCAAUAUCAAGUGUGCCGGAGCCAGAACUGUAGUAUUUAGUUAAAACAAAAUAAAAAUCAGUUUAUCUUCUUUGCUAGACCAUGAGAUCCUACCAUUUAUUUUCCCUGGUCUACAUGUUCCAACCCAACAGUCUGUAGGCAGGAGGAUCUGCCACUGCAGGUCAGCAUGCAGGAAACUACUCCAGAAACAAUCAGAAGAGCCAUCUUUAGCCUUGUACUAGGUGACAGCAACCCUUCCCAGAAGAGAACAAUGCUUCUGUUUUUACUUCUUGUGUCACAUCAUGCAUCUUAGAUCUGCUCCUCUCCUGCAAUAUCAGCAAGUAGCCUUCUUUGUUCUCCACAAACUUUUUUUUUUUUUUUUCAGGGAAAAAUAAAACAAAACAACAACAACAAGAAAACAUUGCUGGCCAUCUGUUUCUCCUGGUGUUGAGGCAACAAGUCUCCUUGUCACUACUCUCCAAGAUGCUCUUCAGAGACAGGGACACAAGGUGUCGUUAAGAACCAUGAGCAACCCUUUUGUACAGAUUGUUGAGCCACUGGAUGCUAAAGAGCCUCUGAAGAAGUUCUUUAAUCUGAGCAAAUUGGAAGAUGUGAGAUAUGCACGUCUUCCAUUUUCUAUUCGAGUCCUCUUGGAAGCAGCGAUCCGAAACUGUGAUGAGUUCCUAGUGAAGAAGCAAGAUGUUGAGAAUAUUCUCAACUGGAAAGUGAUGCAACACAAGAAUGUUGAAGUGCCAUUUAAGCCUGCACGAGUUAUUCUGCAAGAUUUCACUGGGGUACCUGCUGUUGUUGACUUUGCUGCAAUGCGUGAUGCUGUGAAGAAACUUGGUGGGGACCCUGAAAAAAUCAAUCCUAUCUGUCCUGCUGAUCUAGUGAUAGAUCACUCCAUCCAGGUUGAUUUUAACAGGCGAUCAGACAGCUUGCAAAAGAAUCAGGACUUGGAAUUUGAAAGGAACAAAGAAAGGUUUGAGUUCUUAAAGUGGGGCUCUCAGGCUUUUAAAAACAUGAGGAUUAUUCCACCAGGCUCUGGGAUCAUCCACCAAGUGAACCUGGAAUACUUAGCAAGAGUGGUGAUGGAUCAGGAUGGCUACUACUAUCCCGACAGUGUGGUGGGCACUGACUCGCACACCACCAUGGUAGAUGGCUUGGGAGUACUUGGCUGGGGUGUUGGUGGCAUUGAAGCAGAAGCAGUGAUGUUGGGCCAGCCAAUUAGCAUGGUGCUUCCAGAAGUGGUUGGCUAUAAGCUGCUAGGAAACCCUCAGCCACUCGUAACAUCCACUGACAUAGUGCUCACCAUUACCAAGCACCUUCGCCAAGUUGGAGUCGUGGGUAAAUUUGUGGAGUUUUUUGGUCCUGGUGUAGCCCAGCUGUCAAUUGCUGACCGAGCCACCAUUGCCAAUAUGUGUCCAGAGUAUGGAGCAACAGCUGCCUAUUUCCCAGUGGAUGAUAUUAGCAUUGGAUACCUGGUGCAAACAGGCCGUGAUAAAGAGAAAGUUCUGUGCACAAAAAAGUAUCUUGAGGCUGUGGGAAUGCUGAGAGAUUUCAAGAACUCCUCUCAGGAUCCAGACUUCACACAGGUUGUUGAGUUGGAUCUUCAUACUGUUGUGCCUUGCUGCAGCGGACCAAAAAGACCCCAGGACAAAGUUGCUGUGUCAGAUAUGAAGAAGGACUUUGAGACUUGUCUGGGAGCAAAGCAAGGAUUCAAGGGAUUCCAGAUUGCCCCGGAUCGACACAACAGUGUAAUCAAAUUUAACUUUGAGGGCUGCGACUUUGAACUAGCUCAUGGUUCAGUAGUGAUUGCUGCCAUUACAAGCUGUACUAAUACCAGUAACCCCUCAGUCAUGUUGGGAGCAGGAUUGCUUGCCAAGAAAGCUGUUGAAGCUGGUUUGACAGUGAAGCCUUACAUUAAAACUAGCCUGUCUCCAGGAAGUGGCGUUGUCACUUACUAUCUGAGAGAGAGUGGAGUCAUGAGCUACCUUUCUCAGCUAGGGUUUGAUGUAGUGGGUUAUGGCUGUAUGACUUGUAUUGGCAAUAGUGGACCCCUGCCAGACUCUGUUGUUGAAGCCAUUACACAGGGAGACCUUGUAGCAGUGGGUGUUUUGUCCGGCAACAGGAACUUUGAAGGGCGUGUGCAUCCCAACACCCGUGCUAACUACCUAGCCUCUCCACCACUGGUGAUAGCCUAUGCAAUUGCAGGAACUGUCCGGAUUGACUUUGAGAAAGAGCCUUUGGGGAUAAGUGCUUCAGGGAAGAAGAUUUUCCUGAAAGACAUCUGGCCAACAAGAAAUGAGAUACAGGCUGUUGAACGUCAGUAUGUUAUUCCUGGGAUGUUCAAGGAGGUCUACCAAAAAAUAGAGACAGUAAAUGAAGCUUGGAAUGCUUUAGAUGCUCCCUCAGACAAGCUAUAUACUUGGAAUCCAAAGUCAACAUACAUCAAGUCUCCGCCUUUCUUUGAUGGUCUGACUUUGGCUCUGCAGACACCCAAAACUAUAGAAGAUGCUUAUGUCCUGUUGAAUUUUGGAGAUUCUGUGACAACGGACCACAUAUCUCCAGCUGGGAAUAUAGCAAGGAAUAGUCCUGCAGCCCGUUAUUUGACCAGCAGAGGCUUGACUCCUCGAGAGUUCAAUUCCUAUGGUUCUCGCAGAGGGAAUGAUGCUGUCAUGGCCAGAGGAACAUUUGCAAACAUUCGUCUGGUGAACAAAUUUAUUGAUAAACAGGGACCUCAGACUAUCCAUUUCCCUUCAGGAGAAACACUGGACGUGUUUGAUGCUGCUGAAAGAUACAAGCAGGCUGGUCAUCCUUUGAUUGUGCUGGCUGGGAAGGAAUAUGGUGCAGGAAGCUCAAGAGACUGGGCAGCCAAAGGGCCGUUCCUCUUGGGCGUCAAGGCUGUGCUUGCUGAAAGCUAUGAGAGAAUUCAUCGGAGCAACCUUGUAGGGAUGGGAGUGAUUCCUCUGCAAUAUUUACCUGGGGAGGAUGCAAGGACUUUAGGACUCACUGGAAGAGAACGUUACACAAUUAUAAUUCCUGAAAAUCUAAAACCACAGAUGAAUAUCCAGAUCAAGCUGGAUACCGGGAAAACCUUUCAUGCCAUCAUGAGGUUUGACACUGACGUGGAACUCACUUACUUCCACAAUGGCGGUAUUCUGAACUACAUGAUUCGUAAGAUGGCGUCGUAAUCAAAAGCACUGAGCACAGCCUCGCAGGUACAGGCCUGCUUCUGGUGAGCACGACAAAACUAAUCAGUAAUAAUGAAGUCAGAAGAGUGAACCAUAAAGUGAACAGUGGUUUGUUGGAUUUUUUGUUGUUGUUGUUCAUUUCUUCUUUUUGUUCUUUUAAACAAGCCUUUUGAAAGGCUUGCUGACCAUGCUGAAUGAUUCUCUGUAUCAGGAAACUUGUCACUUUUGCCCAUUAAAGAAAACAACUUCUUCUUAGUUUUGAAUGGCAAUUGAAAAUUGUAGUUGGCUUGACUUACCUUAGAACACGGUGCAAAAGUCAUUAAAAUACUGGCAGAAUCUGUGGAACUGUUGAAGAUCAUAUGCUGGUUUUAUGUAUUUGGUCCAUUUCUUUUAACUGCUAAGUUCAGUUCUGCAUUUUAUUAGUGGUCCAAAAACUAACUGACAGUAUGCAUUUAAUUUUUAUUCCUUCCUGAUUAUCUGAUAUAUCCUUUCUUACUCAGCUGACCAGAUUCUGAAUCUAAUACUGAAAUUAAUCAUCUAGCUGUUUAUUAAUUCAAAAGAAAAUGUGAACUCCGUUCCUUUAAACUGUAAGCCUUUGUGGAAAGGUGGACCUAUGGGGAUAAUAUUUCUAAUGAAUAAAAUUAAACUUAUUUUCAAGGA